GCCCUGGAUUUCAAUGUAAUUAAUGCCCCAACCACAACGGCAGCCCCACUUAAACAUUUACACAAACACCUUCCACGCCAAUCUCUCUCUCGCUCUCGCUCUCGCUCUCUCUACAGGCUGCUUGAUGGGCUCCUGUCUCUCGUCCACCCGGCCGUCGCCGGCCUCUGACGGAACCCUAAAGGGGAACCACAGCGGCGGCGCCGCCUCUUGGAGCGGAAGGAAUAAAGCAAGGAAGGAGAGGCAUAAGAGGGCUGGCGCUGCCCUCCGCGACGGGGAAGCGGGCGGUGCGGGACUGACUCAGGAGGACGAGCUCCAAAGCGUGCCCGGUCGGAUGUUCUCGAAUGGCUUCAGCGAGGCGGCUUGCCUGUACACGCAGCAGGGAAAGAAAGGCACCAAUCAGGACGCUAUGAUCGUGUGGGAGAAUUUUGCUUCGUCAAAAGACACUAUCUUCUGUGGGGUUUUUGAUGGCCAUGGGCCAUAUGGUCAUAUGGUUUCUAAGAAAGUCAGAGAUUCUCUUCCUCUUAAGUUGUCCACUAGGUGGAGAGCUAGUCUUACCGGUCACGAGAGCCCUGAUCUAAAUGGUAGCAUUUCUGGCAGUAUGAACUCUGAAGAAACCUCAUCCAUUAUCGAUGAUGACGGGCGUGAUUCUUUAGAUGUUGAGGAGAAUGAAAAAUUGCCAGAGAUGUAUCUCCCAUUGAAGCAGUCUUUUCUCAAAUCUUUCAAGUUGAUGGACAAAGAGCUGAAGUUUAAUCCCCUAAUUGAUUGCUUCUGCAGUGGGACCACGGCUGUCACUAUAGUAAAGCAGGGACAUGAUCUCGUUAUGGGAAACAUUGGCGACUCAAGAGCUGUAAUGGGAACACGAGAUAAGGACAAUAACUUGUUAGCUGUGCAGUUAACUGUUGAUCUAAAGCCCAAUCUUCCAAGGGAAGCUGCCAGAAUCCAGCAAUGUAAAGGGAGAGUUUUUGCACUGCAGGAUGAACCAGAAGUUGCUCGAGUAUGGUUGCCAAACAAUGACUCUCCUGGUUUGGCUAUGGCCAGAGCUUUCGGAGAUUUUUGUCUCAAAGAUUAUGGUCUAAUAUCAGUUCCAGAAAUUUCAUAUCACCGACUAACUGAGAAAGAUGAGUUUAUUGUUCUUGCCACUGAUGGGGUGUGGGAUGUCCUUUCCAACAAGGAAGUCGUAGACAUUGUUGCAUCUGCACACUCUCGCAGCGCUGCUGCUAGGGCCAUUGUUGACUGUGCGGUACGUGCUUGGCGACUUAAGUAUCCUACAUCUAAAGUCGAUGACUGUGCUGUGGUCUGUCUAUUCCUGGAAAGCAUAUCGUCACACGAUCCACUUCAGGCAUGUAACCCUGAGAAGGUGCACACCGAGCGAUUAGAGACAACAGUGUCGAGUGUCGACGAAAAGCAAAUUGAAGGCAAGCAAGAAAUGCAAGAUUUAACCUCUGUGGAUGCUCCAACUCCUGUCUCAGAACCAUCUUAUGCAAAUGAGGCAGUCCCAAUUGCCGAACAAGUGGAGAGUAUGCCAGAAAGGUCCCCAUCUACCAGGAGCCUUGCCGAAUGCAUAUCCACAAGAGAGGAGGAAGAGUGGUCUGCCCUAGAAGGUGUUUCCAGGGUGAACUCCUUAGUCAAUCUCCCAAGAUUUUUAUCGAACGAAAAGAGCUCCUUGAACUGGAAGAAAUGGUUGUAAGAAGCCGAAGUCACAUGCACCUUAUGGUCGAGAUGCACAAAGAAGGAUGAAGGCGAAGUAAAGACUACAUGGAUUCGGAUAUUUUGUUCUAGUAAAAGUUGGCUUUCGGUUCUUAGUCAUCAAUAUGUGCCUUGUAGAAGCACCAUGGAGGACCUCUGCUCCUUGGUUGGAUUUGACGUUGGAGAUUUUCUACUUCACAAGAUUCUUUUCGUAUGUAAUUUUAUGUUGUUUUGUUUUUUGUUUUGUUUUUCAUGGAAAGAAACUUGUGAAUUAUGUCUUGCCCCUCCAACUUAUGAACAAUCUAAAUUUGUCAUCUAGGAAUUUGUUUAUAUUUCAUUUAAUUUCAUUUCUC